GGUGGAAGUGCGGUUCCGGGUCGCUGCUCUGCUCGCCGCCCGGCCGUGGGGGCUGGUGACGCGGGCCGGCGCUCACGAGAGGCCCCGGAGGCGGGGCUCUGCCGGCUGCCCAGAGAGCGGCAGGACAGAAAGCUUUGACCUCCAAGCUGUUUUAAAUCUAAUAGAUAAGCCAGGUGAGUAGGUGGUUUACAGACAUUGACGGUAAACUUUUGAAGAAUUGCACAGACUUAAAUGGAUGCUCACAAGUGAUACUCCUGUGCCACAAGCCUUUGGCCCACAUUUCAGUGGGAAUGCAGCUAGUUUGGAUAACUGGACCUUUUUAGGCACCUGUCUCGGAAUUCCUGGUUGCUGGCCUAACGAUUGUUGUAGCGGUUCAAGCACUGGUCAUAAGUACAGGAUAGCCACACAGCAAAAUGUUUGCAAAACUGAAGAAGAAAAUUGCAGAAGAGACUGCUGUCGCUCAGAGGCCAGGAGGUGCUACUAGGAUCCCACGAUCAGUGAGCAAAGAGUCCGUUGCCUCCAUGGGAGCUGACUCAGGAGAUGACUUUGCUUCUGACGGAAGCAGCUCCAGAGAAGAUCUUUCAUCCCAGCUUUUGAGAAGGAAUGAACAGAUACGGAAACUAGAGGCCAGACUUUCUGACUAUGCUGAACAGGUCCGCACCUUGCAGAAGAUAAAAGAGAAGCUUGAAAUUGCCUUAGAAAAACACCAGGAUUCUUCCAUGAGGAAAUUCCAAGAGCAGAAUGAGACGUUCCAGGCCAACAGAGCCAGGAUGGCAGAAGGGCUGGCUUUGGCGUUGGCCAGAAAGGACCAGGAAUGGUCGGAAAAAGUGGAUCAGCUUGAAAAGGAUAAAAGGUUUCUGACAGCUCAGUUACAGGAAAUGAAGAAUCAGAGUUUGAAUCUUUUCCAAAGAAGAGAUGAAAUGGAUGAAUUAGAGGGAUUCCAGCAACAGGAGCUAAGUAAAGUAAAGCACAUGCUUUUAAAAAAAGAAGAAAGCUUGGGGAAAAUGGAGCAAGAAUUGGAGGCACGAACCAGAGAACUUAGUCGCACCCAGGAGGAAUUGGUGACGUCCAGUCAGAUUUCGUUAGACUUAAGCCAGAAGCUGGAAGAACUGCAGAGACACUACUCAGCGCUGGAAGAGCAGAGAGAUCAUGUGACAGCUUCGAAAACAGGUGCAGAAAAUAAGAUCACAGUCCUGGAGCAAAAGGAACAGGAGCUCCAAGCAUUCAUUCAGCAACUUUCCACUGACUUGCAAAAGGUCACUGCUGAAACUCAGGAGAAAGAAAAACUCAUCACACAUUUGCAGGAGAAGGUUGCAUCCCUGGAGAAGAGACUAGAGCAGAAUCUCUCAGGGGAAGAACACGUGCAGGAACUUCUGAAAGAGAAAACACUUGCUGAGCAGAAUUUGGAGGCUACCAGACAGCAGCUCUUGGCAGCUAGAAGCAGCCAGGCCAAGACCAUCAACAACCUGGAGACUCGGGUGAAAGAACUAGAGCAGAGCCUGCAGGCCUCUGAGGAGAAGCUGAAGCAGAGCAGUGACGUGGUGGCAGCUCAGGAAGCUCAAAUUCGAGAGCUUGCCGCCGCGAACACGGAGAGCAGCCGCGCCCAGCAGCAGGCCCUCGCGCUGGAGCAGCAGCGCACGGAGCAGAUCCACGCGCUGGAGGCCCAGCUCGCAGGCCUGGGGAGAGCGCGGGUGGCCGACCUGACAGCCGCAGAGCAGGAGCUGAGAAAGCUGGAGCAAGAAAAUGCAGUCCUUAAAGAAAGUAAGAAUGAAUGUGAAUGUUCUUUACAGCAUCACCAGCUUGAGCUAAAGAAGCUGAAGGAAGAAUGGAGCCAAAGAGAAAUCGUGAGUGUGGCAAUGGCUCAAGCCCUGGAGGAGGUGCGGAAGCAGAGGGAAGAGCUGCAGCAGCAGGCCGCUGACCUGACAGCCGUGGUGGGCGAGAAGGAGCAGAGUCUACAGGAGAAAAUGGAAGUGAUUCUCCAGAAAGAGCAGGAGAUUCUCCAGCUGAAGAAAGGUCACGACUCUGCACUGCUGCAGACACACCAGCUGCAGAGCGAGCUGGAGGCCCUGCAGGGCCUGAGGGCCGAGGAGGCAGAGGCCACGGCCACGCGGGAGGACCUGCUGAGGCUGAUGGGCCAAGAGCGGCCCCUGGUGCUGUCAGCCAGCAAGCCCCAUGUGACCUCGAGGGCCGGGCAAGACCCCGAGUACCAGCUUCCAGCUGUGGAGGGAAUACCAAACGGAGAGAUGGGGGCAGCCAUGGAUCUGGGGCAGCUACAGAAGGAAAAACAGGACUUGGAGCAGCAACUUCUAGAGAAAAAUAAGACCAUAAAGCAGAUGCAGCAAAGGAUGCUGGAGCUCAAGAAGACUCUGCAAAAGGAGCUGAAAAUCAGACCUGAUAAUGAGCUUUUUGAAGUCCGAGAGAAGCCUGGGCCUGAGAUGUCAAACAUGGCACCUUCAGUCACGAAUAAUGCUGACCUGACUGACGCUCGCGAGAUCAACUUCGAGUACCUCAAACACGUGGUUUUAAAAUUCAUGUCCUGUCGCGAAUCUGAGGCUUUUCAUCUUAUAAAAGCUGUGUCAGUGUUGCUCAACUUUUCACAAGAGGAGGAGAACAUGCUCAAAGAAACCCUGGAGUAUAAGACUGAUACGAAUCUCAGGAGGUCGCUGAUCCUGACAUCCUGGUUUCCGGAGAGCCCUGGCACAACCCACAUUGCCACAGUGCUGCUAAAAUCCCAGCUCUGGCCAGCACCCACCUGCACCUGAAUCCUCUUUCAACGUUAGCACUUAAAGCUGAAGCCCUCAGCCUGUGUCAGAGAGGAGGCAGCCAAUCCAUCAUGUGGUGAUGACGCUGGACAGACAGGCCUUCGACAUGGUGCCCAGCAGGGCAGACCCACCUGCUUCUGCCACAAAGAGCCAACUCAGUGAGGCUGGCUUUUUUCAACUCCCUUUCCCUGUUUGUAUGUUUGGGUUCAGGUGAGUUAGAAGAGGCUUUUGAACACUUCCGCCCAGGGAAACGUUAUUUCACCUUGCUACUCAAACAUCCUAGAACUUCAGAUGUGUCCAUCUCUAAGGUACUCUGGGGCCAGUGUGGAUUAAUGAAUAUGUGCACCUUUCUGACAGUAUCUCAUUUUACUGAAGAAAACUAGCAAAUGUGUAAAAAGAUUCUUAGUACCAAAUACACUCAAUUGCCUUUUUAAUGAAUGUACUUGUGGUGGAUAGGUUGCUGGUAAACCAUUUUAAACUAUUUUUUAUAGCUAAAGUUCCUCACUAUUAUAAACAUGUCUUCUGUAUUACAAAAUCCAUUUAACUUGUGUUCUUAAAGGAAAAUCAGAGCAUCAAGAGGAAAUGAUUUCUAAGAUUGGGAUCCUUGUCCCAAUCUGCCUCCGUCUGAAGCAGUGGUGGUGUUUCACUUGCUUAGAUCUUAAUUCUGUUGUUAUAACACUGAGCAAAUGCUAAUCAAUGUUUUCUACUGCUGAGGACAGUCUGCUGUAUUCAAAGGAAGCCGCAGCUGCUCCUUGCCUCUCCCCAGCCUUGACCAAAAUGUUGGAGGUGGACUGCCCUGUAAGUGGAGCCACCAUCUCCCCAUCACCGCAUCCCCCCCACCAUGGAUAUUUAAGAUGACACUACAUUCACGUGUGGCGUCCAGGUGGCCCCUGCCUGGCUGCAGUACUUGACAACACGCAGAUGGCUCUGGAAGUGACUGAUGAAAACUCGUAUUCAUCAUCAUUAAAGAAAAGGGAAAUACUUGCCUUGGAUAAGGCACACUUUCAGAUCUAAAGGGAAACUGUAUAUUUAUAGUUUGAUGAAAGUUUUAUUGGUUAAAUAAAAAACUGAGUUAAUAACUGGAGCUCCUAGAUUUAUCAUCAGUUACCCAAUGAUGUUAGGUUUCUCAAUUAUGUUUAGGGCUAAAAUAUAUAUAAAAUAUAUCUCACAGGAAAGCAAGGAUAUGCAGUUAACGUAAGACAGUUCCAUGGCCCUCGAAGUACCAGGCAAGGGCAGCAUUACCCACACCCAGCUCGGACUCUGCUGCCCAGUGACGUUUGUUACCUGCCUCCUCCUGGGGCUCCCCUGGCAGAUGCGACCCCCAUGCCUAGGAGGCCAUUUCCCGUUAUCUGAUGGGGACACAAACCAGGAGUCCCUUCUGUUCCAUCAUUUUGACAAGUAGGAAGUAGCUCUUCCAGCUAAAGAAUUCCUUAAAUUGGGUAGUUAGGGCUUGCCAGAGGCGAUCCCAGCACAGCCGUGGGAGCCCCCACCAACUCUUCUGUGGCCUCUCCAGCCCUUGAGCUGGUCUCGCCGCCCCCCCACCCCCCACCCGCCAGCAGUUUUAGACACAGUUGUGGGGCCCCCUAUUUGGUCUGUACUUGCACCGGGAGGAUUCGUUCUGAUUAGGCUUUCCUCCUGCAUGUUGAAUUUCCUUCAGCUUUAAGAGGAAGAGUGGAGUAAAUACUCUUAAGUGAUUUAAUGCACUUUCACUUGUAUAGAACAUUCUGUGCUAGACAGUACAUAGAGCCCUUUAUAUGAGCAUCGGAUCUUGAUCUCACCCUCCAUGUUGUAAAUAGGGAUCGUAUUAUCUAAAACUGCUGUAGAAAAUUCAUUUGUGGUGCAAUACACUUUUGAU